GCUUAAUAACAAUACUUAAAGGCUUCCUUAGUGGUCUUUAAAUAAGGUUUUCAAUCUGCAUAUUAGCCAAUGCGUAUUGACGAAAAACCCAGAAAUUUAUUAUUUAUUUAAUUCAUCAGAUUUACAGAAAUUCAAAGAAAAUCCACCACUGGACUAGCAGAAAAAAAUUCACGAAAAACAUUUAAAAAACAUGCGAUCUCACAUAUUUGAACAAUACUGUACCGGUACGGCUGAUAAGCACAAUUAGCAAAAGCUAGAGCCGGAAAAUAUUCCCAAAAUUCGCUGUCGUAUUUUAAGGAUAUAUUUGAAAAAAUUUUUUUGAAUUAUUCAUUAAAUACUUUAUUAUACUAAGCCUUCGCAACAGCAUGGCGUUUUCAUAUCCUGAUAUUACCAAACUGCCAAAAUGUGCAAACGAAAUAACGAAUUCGGCUGAGUACAUAAAAUAUUUACCUGCAAUUGCAACAAAAACGAAAAGCAAGGAAGAUGCUGAAUGUGUACUUCAACAUAUAGCAGCUGUAAUAGAAUACGAAACAUCCAUUAAUUCCAGAUGUGGCUCGAUUGUGGCUAAUCAAGUCGUCUUAAAUACAGCUUAUCGAGCCUACUUCCAACUAAGUCAGCAACACCAAUUUCCUGGAACAAAUUUAUACUCUUUACCACAAACGAAAUUGCUUUACUCAGAGGAAUGUGGUUUUCAGCUCAUAUAUGCCAUACUUUUAACUAAUCACAAAUCAACCACAAUUAAACCAGAGGAACUUAUCACUGAAUGUAGUAAAGCACUAAGUGAUGCUAUCGAUGAAGACUGUGGCAACAUAUUAUAUAUACUCAGAGUUAUAAACUUAUUAGUGGAGAAAUUUCCAACGUUAAAUGCAAAUGUUUCACUACAGCAAAUCUACUAUUGCCUACAGGAUAAUCAGUUUGGCAUGCGUGAAGAAACAUUGAAUCUUUUUUCCAACUGUUGUCGUCAAAAAGAAUACGCACUUGCAAAUUUUCACGUUAUAUUAGAGUUUUGGCCAUGGUCGAAUCGAUAUAAAUUUUAUUUGAUGAGCUGUAUAUUUAAACAGUACAAUUUAAAUGAAUUUCUGCGUAGUGCACAACAUAGUGCAGAUGAGUUCUAUGCCGGGGUACGUCUGAGCUUGAGUCAUAAAAGCCUUUUGUCUGCAAGUCAACAUUUAAUUAAAGCCUUAAGUGCACAAAAAUCUCGCGAAUUAUUAAACUUGUGUGCGGACAUACUAAUUUACGGCACUGUAAUCGAAAUAAAGAAUUUUUAUGCACAUUGGUUUGGACGUAUUGAACAAAAACAUAGAUUAUUUGAAUAUGUACAGUGUAAACCGGAAAUUAUAAAUUCUGUUGAAAAUAGAAUAGACAGUGCUAUAGAGCUUGAUUGCUUUCGUUCAACAUUAAUUUUCACUAUGUUUUCGCGGCAAAUAUUUCCAGUAUCAAAGUUGCACUUCUUUAAAAUCAGUACUGAAUUAAUAACGAAUUGUUCCAACUAUGGAUUGGAUACACAAAUGCUGAUUUUUAAAUUAAUAGUUGAUAAUUUGUCAAAUUUUUCUAUUGAAGAUUGUCUCGAAUUUAGCGCCGCAUUCAUAAAGGCACAUAAGAAUAUCGAAAACGCCCAAUAUCGCAACGAAAUUCUGGGUAAAAUACCAGUAAUUGUCAACUAUGUAGCAAAGACAUUUUGCAAAUUACAUGAUGGUGAGGGUACCACUACUCUUGAAGACAGUAUUCAAACAUUUUUCAAACAACUGCAUCAGAUAAUCGAGACCGAUAUUUGCAGUGAUAUUUACCAACCGAAAAUAUUUUCCUUACGCCUUCUAGAUAUUCUACUAAAAUCAUUGUACGCUGAUCAAUUGUCCAAGAAUACCAAAAAUUGUUCUCUAGCACAGAAUAAGAAUCUCGGCAAUUUUUUAGUUGCAGAAAAAGUAUUUGAUGCUGCUUUUCUUACCAUGGAGCUUUUUAAACUACUUGAUGAUCCGUUCGGUUUCAAUGAUGCAUUAGAUUUGAUUGUAGGCCUAUUAAAACAAAUCAAUUUCACCAAUGUAGAGGAAAGUGUUCGUUGUUGCAAGGAGUUUAGUCGACGCAAUGAUGUCGAUGAGUGUGCCCUAAGCACUCUUUAUGCGCGUGUGACAGUUAAUUGCUGUAGGAGUAUGGGACACCAUAAAUCACUUGAAUAUUUGCUAGAUUUCGCUUUAACAACUUUAACAAAUGUUUUCGAAGAUUUCCAAGCAGAUCCAUUGCAAGUAUGUAAAACGAAAAAUCAUUUAUUUGGCUUCAUAAAUAUUGCUGGCGAGGUCGUGAAGGGCAUCAUUAACUUAACCACUGAAAAGCAGAGUGAAAUUCUCAGCCUCUUGGAAAGAGUAUUAAAUUUAAUUUUGAAUCUAUUGAAUUCGUGCAAAUCUGAUCCAACAAAAGCUGCUACGAAUGCUCCAAGUUUUCAAGAUAUGGAUGAAAGUUUAGAAAUGUUGGUAAAAAAGAGUUCAUACCAAAAUGGAAAUAAUAGUGAUCAUCGCAAAUUUUUACUCAUGUCAUUUUGGUUGACUUUAAAGGCUUCUUGCGACUUGGCAACGGAAAUCGGUGUGAAGUAUGUGUCAACAGUUGGUAACGGCUUCAAUGAUAAUCAAAUAUUAAAGCUUUGUCUAGACAUAAGUGUAACGGUGUUAACACGCUGCAGGCACAAAGGCGCUAUCGAAGCGGCUGGUGUAAGCAUAGGUAAGCUGGCCAAAAAUAUAACUACACAUUGUUCACCAACUUCGGAAGCAUAUAGUUUACUAUACAAUUGCUUGGAUUUUUUAUUGGAUAAUAAACCACAAGUAAGCGUAACACGUCGUGGUGCAGGCUUUUCCAUAAUGAUGUUGCAUAUUGUGAAAAAUGAGCAGCAACGUACAAGGCCACUGCUCAAGAGUGUGAUGGAAAAAAUUUUAACUUUACUGAAAAGCUUUGAAGCUACAGGUACGACUACUGUGCAAACUUAUGAUCGUUUAGAAGCAUUACUUCUGCACUAUCUAUGCGUACUUGUUCGCGAUACUGAAUUGCGCGAUGCCGCAUCUUAUUAUUACAAAGAUAUACUAUUAGUCACAUUAAAACGCAUUGAGCAUCCCGAAUGGACCGAAUUCAAUGCAGCGCUGCAACUAUUUGGUGCACUAGUACCGAAAAUCGUCGGUCAAUCACCAGCAAAAGAUUUUGAGGCACCAGCAGGUAAUGAAAACAAUGAUAUAACUUAUGAUGAGAUUGUCCGUAAACUGCCAACGAUCUGCGAGUAUAUACUUAAUUAUUUUGAUGCCAAAAAAGACUUGAAUACCAACAUAAACACAACAAUAUUAUUCCUCAGCUUUCUCGCAAAAAUAAAACAUUUACCCAAACAAAUUGAACCCAGUGAAUGUGCAUUUCUACACCGCAUACGCGUAUUAACAUGGCACUUAUUGGCACAUCGAUGUGACAAUGUACGGAAAUUGGCUGCCUUGUGCUUUGUACGCGCUCAUGACUUUAGGCUGGAAUUACCACAAGCAAUAUUGAAUAUUUCUAAUAUGGUCGGCAAUGUAAAUGAUGAGAAUCUAUUUUUGGGUUUACUUGCUACAAUUUCUGAAGGCGUUUUGCGCAUGCAACAUGAGAGUAUGCACACAAGCGAUGAAGGGCACAAAUGCUUCUUGAAAGAACUACGGUCUUCAUUGACUGACCUGAAGGUUGGGCAGAAAUAUACGCCAUACACAUUAAGUAAGCUGUUCGAUAUCUGCAUACUUGUCGAUUUGAAUAGUCAGUCGGGUAUAAUGCAGGAAUUGUUAAAAACAGUUUCUACAUUCGAUGAUGCUGCAAUCGGCUUGGAUGUGUUUCAGCAGAGUGUGCAAAAAUUUAAGUCUUCAACAUGAAUUGAAAUAGAAAUUAUGCACAUUAUGAUAGUCAAAUACUUAAGCACUAAGUAGUCAUAAGGUCAGAGGCUUUAGUUAUAAUUUGUUUUAAUUUAUUUUUACAAAAUUAAUUAUGAUUAAGAUGAAAGUCGACGAAAUAAUAGAUUAAGACAAAAGAUCAGUUUAAGGCAUCAUUUUAAUUGAACAGAUUACAUUGAGCACAAUACAUACAAAAUUAAUAAACAUUUUUAAUUGCCUACAAAUACAACAAAUUAUAAAUGAAAACAUCUUACAAGUAAACACCCAAUCAUUAAAAUUAAUGCUUUUGCUUUAUGUCCUUAACCCUGUGUAACCCUGAAUUAUAGACUCAAAUAUAUAAGUAUUUGCGUGUGUAGAAGAAGUCUAAUAAAAAAAUAUGAUAAUUGAAAUAU